AUGGUGUUAAAUACACUAAAUAGUUAUCAAACGUUUAUGUCUGUAUUGCAGGAGCGUGACGUGUACGGCAACGAGGUGGGCGUCUCCGCCAAGCGCGUGCCCGUGGCGUACCUGCUGGUGGACGUGCCGUGCGGCGUGGCCGCCCCGGGCGCGACGGGCGCGCCCACCUUCAACCCGCGCUCCACGUUCCCGCCCGCCAACCGGCCGCUGCAACACCAGCUGCAAACGCUGCGCGCCCUGCACCAGCACAUGCAGAGCGAGGAGAGCUUCCUGCAGGCCGUGUCGGACCUGCACGUGCUGCUGUUCUUGGCCACCAACGAGGCGCUGCCCCUGAGCCCCGAGACGCUGGCGCCGCUGCUGGGGGCCGUGCGCGCGCAGGACGCGGCCGCGGCCGACGCCUGGCGCCAGGAGCCGCACAACGCCACGCUCGACCACCUCAUCUGCGCCGCGGCCGAGCACGACGCAGACGACAGCAUGGGGGCGGGCGGCGCGGAGGGCGGCGGGGCGGGGGGCGCGGGCGGCGUGUGGACGUGUCCGCUCUGCACCUUCCACAACGCGCCGCACAACGACUCGUGCGAGAUGUGCGCCAUGCCCAGAAGCAACGCGAUGUAA